AUAAAAUAAAAUAAUAAUAUUGGCUCAGGAAAAUAUGCAUAAUAUUCAAACAGUUUAGCCGCAGCCUAAUUUCUGUGCACCCAGGCUAAUUAAUGUUCUUGGGAACUAAUUAGAGCUGACAUGUACAGCCAGCCUUUUGCUUACUCUGCGGGAUCUUGUUCUGUAUGAUUUCUCUAGGGGGAGCCUGCUCACUUUGAGUAUUUGAUGUAUCCAUUGCACUCAGCACCCAUCACCGGUCUAGCUACCUGCAUCCGCAAACCCCUCAUAGCCACCUGUUCUCUGGAUCGAUCCAUCCGCAUUUGGAAUUAUGAAACAAACACUCUGGAACUAUUCAAGGAAUACCAAGAAGAGGCAUAUUCCAUCAGCCUUCAUCCAUCUGGACACUUCAUUGUAGUAGGGUUUGCUGACAAACUACGCCUCAUGAAUCUACUCAUUGAUGAUAUACGUUCUUUCAAAGAAUACUCUGUUAGAGGAUGCAGAGAGUGUUCCUUUAGCAACGGAGGUCACCUGUUUGCUGCAGUCAGUGGAAAUGUGAUUCACGUUUACACCACCACGAACCUAGAGAACAUCUCAAGCCUGAAAGGACACACAGGGAAGGUGAGUGAGUGAACGGUCUCCAGGGAAACAAGUGGCCCAGAGCCAAGCAUGCCGCCAGCCAGUGGGAUGCAGGUGAACAAAAGAGAGGUGGUUCCUUUCCUCAUGGGUUCACUGUCUACUUGGGGAAAGACACAAUAAAACAAAUGCGCAGACAAAUGUAAUUACUAAUUGCAGUUCCACUGAAAGAAAAACAUGGUGUUGUUAUAAGAGAAAUAAUGAAGGGGGCGGCAUAAUUUAGGUGGCUGUAUUUGCAAACGCUUGGUCCUAUAAGAGUGAGUAGGAGUUAAUCAGACAGAACUGGUGGGAGAUAAUCAUUGCAGAUAGGGAUCCAAAGGCCAGAGAUGGGAGAUUCAUGGGGUGUCAGAGGACAUGAAAGUCUGUGGACCUGGAACGUGGUGCCAGGAUAAACCAUGGUAAAGAAUGGGCUGAGAUUGGAGAGGUCACAAGGGCCCAAAUGCAUGGAAACUUGUAGGCUUUGUAAGGAUUUAUCCUUCUUAUUCCUUGAAAUCAUUGAAGACUUUCAGGGCAGAGAAUGAUAUGACUAGAUUUGCAUUUUGAAGGAUUACUUUGGCUGCAGAGUGAAGACUAUUGAAGGGGGUGAGGGUAGAAAUGGUAAGGAGGCUAUUGUGGAUAUCUACACCAUAGAUAAUAGUGGUGGUGGUACAGUUAGGGAGAAGGGGAUGGAUUCAGAUGAUUUUAGCAAGUAAAGUCGUGGGCUCAUGCCUAUAGUCUAAGCACUUUGGGAAGCUAAUGCAGGAGGCUC